AUGAUGCUACCAAAUCCAAAACCCUCGGCAAAAUUUCUACCGUCGCCUUUAGAGCCACCGCAACACAGCCGGAGAAUCACCGGAGGAGCCUCUCCGUCGCUCGAACUUAACUGCAAACUAUCACGCCGGAAUCUAAGUAAAUCCUCGUUGCUUCUACUCAUCGCUACUCAAACUACAUUGACGCCAUUACUCGACCUCUCCAAAGCUCAAGCAGAUACAAUUUCUCCAGAAAUCGAUAAUUAUUCAACAAAUUGCAGAAACAGAAUUCCGACGAAGAAAGGAUUCAUCGACGUAUCGAUCGCCGGAGAACCAAUCGGACGAAUCGUAAUCGGUUUAUACGGAGACGAUGUACCGGCGGGAACAGCUAGAUUCGGUAGUUUCGUAAGCGGGAAAGCCGGAAUUAGUUACCGAAGAAAAGAGUUCGUUAAAAUCAUGCCUGGUUACGUUCAGCACGGCGGAAUCAGAUCGUACGGCGUCGACGCAGAGAGAGCCACCGCCGCGUCCGGCACUCUCCAAAAUUUGAUCGAAGAAUGGGAGAGAGGGAAAAGAGGAGAGAGAUGUGGAGAAGUUAAGGCGGGAAGUGUUGGAAUCGUUGUGAGAGAUCCGUCGAAACCGCCGCCGAAGACGAAGAUUGUGGCGAGGAACGGGAAGCUUGUGGUGGAAGAAGAGGAAAUCGCGGUGGGACCGAACGGAACGGAGUUUGUUAUAACGGCAGUUGAUUCGCCGGAGCUGGAGGAAUCGGUGUUGGUGAUUGGGAAAGUGUUGGAAGGAAUGGAAGUUGUGGAGAAGAUGAGAGAAGUUAAGACAGUGAGGGAUAAUACAAGUUCUCCUUAUUUCAGGGUGGCUAAAGUGAUCGGAGAUAAGAGAGCGGUGGUGGCGGAGAGAGGGUUUAAUCGGCCUUAUUCAAAAGUUGUAGUCACCAAUUGUGGUCUCAUGGAGUCAGAGUCUCAAUGA